AUGCGGGCGGCGCACGUCGCCCGGGUGCGGGCGCUGUACCGGCGCCUCCUGCUGCUGCACCGCGCGCUGCCCCCCGACCUCAAAGCCCUGGGCGACCAGUACGUGAAGGACGAGUUCAGGCGACAUAAGGCGGUGGGUGCGGACGAGGCCCAGCGGUUCUUGCAGGAAUGGGAGGCAUAUGCAGCAGUGCUAUGGCAACAAGCUAAUGAAAACAGCCAAAAUUCAACUGAAAAGGCAUGUUUUGGAGCUGUCCUACCCGAAGAGAAACUUAAUGACUUUCGUGAUGAACAAAUAGGACAGUUGCAGGAACUGAUGCAAGAAGCCACUAAACCAAAUAGGCAAUUUAGUAUUACUGAAUCAAACAAACCAAAAUGUUAG